UCGAGAGAAAGGUAGUUGAAGACCACAACUCAUAACAAUAAUGGAGAAGCAAUCACUAACUUUUGUUGGGGAUGAAGCAAAAGUUCACAAGUCGUCAAAAUAUCAUCCAAGCGUUUGGGGUGAUUAUUUUAUCCGAAACUCGCUCUCUCAUGUAGAGGAGCAGACUCAAAGGAUGAUAAAGAGAGUGGAAGAAUUAAAGGUGCAAGUAAAGAGCAUGUUCAAGGGCACUAAUGACAUAUUGCAGAUUAUGAAUUUGAUUGAUUCAAUUCAACUUUUAAGAUUGGACUAUCAUUUUGAGAAUGAAAUAGAUGACGCGCUAAGAUUGAUCUUUGAGGUUGAUGACAAGAACUAUGAGCUUUAUGAAACUUCUCUUAGAUUUCGAUUGCUUAGGCAACAUGGAUAUAACGUCUCUACAGAUACCUUUAAUAAGUUCAGAGACGACAAUGGAAGCUUUAUAUCUACCUUGAAGAGAGAUGCAAAGGGAUUACUAAGCUUAUAUAAUGUGUCUUAUCUUGCAACACAUGGAGAGACUAUACUUGAUGAAGCCAAUUAUUUUACAAAGUCUCAACUAGUAUCCUUAUUGAGUGAACUUGAACAGCCUUUAGAGACACAAGUAUCUCUUUUCCUUGAGGUACCACUAUGUCGAAGAAUUAAAAGUCUCUUGGCGAGAAUUUAUAUACCAAUUUAUCAGAAGGAUGCAAUGCGAGAUGAUGUCAUAUUGGAACUUGCAAAAUUGGAUUUCAAUCUACUGCAAACUCUUCAUCAAGAGGAGUUGAAGAAAGUUUCGAUAUGGUGGAAUGAUUUAGCACUUGCUAAAUCACUAAAAUUUGUUCGUGAUCGAAUUGUGGAAGCUUAUUAUUGGGUUCUUGGUAUGUAUUAUGAGCCUCAAUAUUCUCGUGCACGAGUGAUGUGCACCAAAGCAUUUGGUCUUCUAUCAAUUAUGGAUGAUAUCUACGAUAACUAUAGCACAUUGGAAGAGCGCAAACUAUUAACUGAGGCAAUAAAAAGGUGGAAUCGCCAAGCUGUUGAUUCUUUACCAGAAUACACAAAGGAUUUUUAUCUCAAGCUAUUAAAGACUUUCGAAGAAUUUGAAGCAGUGUUGGAACUCAAUGAGAAGUAUCGUGUGCAAUACCUUAAAAAUGAAUUUAAAGUGGUAGCCAUAGCAUAUUUUGAAGAAUCUAAGUGGGGUGUGGAGCGAUAUGUGCCAUCACUUGAAGAACACUUACGUGUUUCAUUGAUCUCCGCUGCCUGUUCUUUAGUCAUUUGUUCCAUGUACUUGGGCAUGGGAGAAGUGGCAACCAAAGAGGUAUUCGAGUGGUAUUCUAGUUUUCCCAAGCCCGUGGAAGCUUGCUCUGUAAUUGGUAGACUCCUCAAUGAUAUAAGAUCACAUGAGACGGAGCAAGAGAGAGACCAUGUUGCCUCUACUGUGGAAUGUUACAUGAAAGAGCAUGGCACAGAUGUAAAAGUUGCAUGUGAAAAGUUACGAGAGAUGUUGGAGAAAGCAUGGAAGGAUUUAAAUAAGGAACGUCUCAAUCCAACAUUAGUAGCUCGACCUAUAAUUGAACGAAUACUCAGCUUGUCAAUAUCAAUGGAAGACGUAUAUAGGGACACUGACGAGUACACCCAUUCCGAUAAAAAAAUGAAAGACAAUGUAUCAUUGGUGCUAGUUGAACCUGUUCCUAUAUAAGCUUGUGAUUUCUUCAAUAAAUCAUAGUGGGAAGAGCAUGUUGAAAUUGACAGAGACAACCGUAUCAAUGUGAGGAUGCUCAAUACCCUAUCAAUGUUUGAAUAAAGUAAACUCAUAUUUGGAUGUUUCGUGGAAAAGUUAUAAUUGAUAUGUAGCAAUAUCUUAUGUAACUCGCUUAAUAAAAUUUUCACUUUUGCUUGGAUUUAUAAAA